UACAGCGGCCCUGAAACCGAAGGACAGCUUUUGAAUUCCUUCGUCCAGUAUUUUGGAGACAGCCUUGGGAGGAAGAUUAAAAGAAUGCCUUUAAUUGAAGAAACUGUUCUGCCUGGGGACUCCCUCCUUACUCUGCCUGUAGUAAUAAUAGGAAAUGGACCUUCCGGAAUUUGUCUGUCUUACCUGCUGUCUGGAUACAGGCCAUAUUUAUCUCCUGAAGCUAUACACCCAAACCCCAUUCUACAUACAAAAUUAGAAGCAGCUCGACAUCUUUCCAUUGUUGAUCAAGAUCUGGAGUACCUGUCUGAAGGGCUGGAAGGACGCUAAAACAACCCAGUUGCAGUGCUUUUUGAUACACUGCUUCAUCCUGAUGCUGACUUUGGGUAUGACUCCCCGCCAGUUUUGCACUGGAAGCUAGAACAACAUAAUUAUAUUCCCCAUAUAGUGCUUGGUAAAGGACCGCCGGGUGGGGCUUGGCAUUCCAUGGAAGGCUCUAUGCUAACAAUCAGUUUUGGAGACUGGAUGGAAUUGCCUGGCCUCACCUUUAAGGAGUGGGCGGCUAGCAAACGCAGAAAUAUAAAGAGUGAUCGAGUAAUGCCAGAGGAAGUAGCUUGCUACUAUAAACACUAUGUUAAAGUCAUGGGCCUCCAAAAGAAUUUCAGAGACAACGUUUACAUAACGUCAGUAUCCAGGCUUUACCGAGGAAAGGAUGAUGAAGAUAGAAGUCAACUAAAUGAAAAUAUUUCAACACAGCAUUUGGAAAUGGAAGAUGGACAGAAAUCACUGAUUAAGAGAAACUGGGAAGUCAGAGGUUAUCAGCGAGCAACAGAUGGUUCUCAUGUGCCCUUCUGCCUCUUUGCUGAGAAUGUGGCUCUCGCCACAGGAACCUUUGAUUCUCCUGGCCGACUGCAAGUUGAAGGAGAAGACUUCCCUUUUGUGCUUCAUUCCAUGUCUGACUUUGGAGCUGCUAUCAGCAAAGGGAAGUUACGUGGGAAGACAGACCCUGUGUUAAUUGUGGGUGCUGGACUUACAGCAGCUGAUGCAGUACUGUGUGCCUACAAUAACAACAUCCCAGUAAUCCAUGUGUUUCGUAGAAGAGUUACCGAUACAAGUCUGAUUUUCCAACAGCUACCUAAAAAGCUUUACCCUGAAUACCAUAAGGUCUAUCAUAUGAUGUGUACUCAGUCCCACACUGUGGACUCUAGUCUGCAUUCUGCUUACACUAGUUUCCCUGAACACAAUAUACUUUCCUUCAAGCCUGAAAUGAAAUGUGUUCUUCAGAGUGCCUCUGGACUGAAGAAAAUUUUGAAGUUUUCUGUAGCCUUAGUUCUGAUAGGUUCUCACCCAAAUCUUUUCUUUCUAAAGGACCAAGGACAUAGCAUAGGUCAUCACUCUAAUCAGCCCAUCACGUGCAAGGGGAAUCCUAUAGAGAUUGAUCCAUACACUUAUGAAUGCACUAAAGAAGCUAACCUCUUUGCUUUAGGUCCUCUGGUGGGAGACAACUUUGUACGGUUUUUAAAAGGAGGUGCAUUGGGCAUUGCACGAUGCUUGGCAAUAAGACAAAAGAAGAAACAUGAAUUGAUUGAAAGUGGGGAUGGAGGAGGUGAUGGGGUACCAUAAAUGAGACGUUAGAAACUUUCACAUACAGAGUUACAGAUGUAGUCUAACAGAACACUCACUGACAGUGAAAGUUGAUAGCAGUCACAUUUCUGUUGUAUACAAGUAACCUGCGCUUGUAUUGCUUGGUACAGGAUGCUGAUACUACAAUACUUCGCCUUUUCAAAAUACAAAAAAUUGAUCUGCUGUUACAACCGAUCUCUAUUUAACUGGAGUUACUUCCAGAUAAAACAGAACAUGAGACUAACUUUUAU